AUGCUUCUCUAUAUUUUUGCCUUCUACUCAACCCUUGCAAUCUCACAAAUAACAGCUCAAUCCUGUGAUCCUGAUGGAGAGACGGGACCUUGUAUCGACAACGCUUGCCAGCCCGGUCAAACUUGCAUUAUCGAUACGCAAACAUGCUGUGUUGACGAUAAUGUCAUCCCAGCAGAACCUUCCGUAGUCAGUGAGGCUACCACUAUUGGAACCGGAUCCACUUUGGCACCAGGUAUAACCAUUGUGCCAACCGUCACACUGACCCCUUCAGUUACUGCUUCAACAUGCGUUGACAAAAUCAACCCACGAACUGGAAGAUCCGAUUGCCCAGCAAGAGCUAGUCUUUGCAAUGAUGCCAACUACAUUGCUGUAAUGACCGAGCAAUGCCCAAAAACUUGCGGAAAAUGCUCUGGCACCGGUGGCACCACCACUUGUAUUGAUCGCGUAAAUCCGGCUACUGGAGUAUCCGACUGCCCAGCAUUGGCCCAUCUAUGUAACAAUGCAGCAUAUACGGCUCUAAUGACCGAACAAUGUCCACUCACUUGUAAUAGAUGUUCCAGCGUUGGCGUAACCAGUGCAACCACGGUAUCCGGGACUUGCGCUGACAAAUUGAAUCCCAAAACAGGUGUGUCCGACUGCCCGAUGAGAGUUUCGCUCUGUCAGGAUUCCAACUACAUAGCGCUGAUGAGGGUGGAAUGCCCAAAAACAUGCGGAUUCUGUACCGGUAGUACCGUAACCGGUGUAACCGGUGCAAGUACCGUAAGCGGUGCUACAGUCCCUACUCGCGCUCCUGGAACCUGUGUCGACGCUAUCAAUCCACUCACCGGGACGUCAGAUUGCCCAUCGAGAGUUGCUCUUUGUAAUGAUGCGGCCUACCGAAAUCUUAUGGUGGCUCAAUGCCCACGAACUUGUGGUGUCUGCUAG